GUCCAGAGGUACACAGAGAUCCCUUACAAAACCCGGCCCCCAAGUCGGCGCAGUCUCUCCUCGCUGCAUCUUCCAUCCACCUCCCCAAGAAACCCACCAGAACACUAAAGGAGAAAACACCCACCAUGCUCUCCUCCCUCCUCGUCGGCGCCCUCUGGCUAGCAACAACAGCAACGGCCCAACCCUGCCUCUCCGCCGACUUCAGCCUAGCCAUGAGUCUCGGCGACGGGCCCGACGAUACUCAAAUUUACCUCUCGCUCAACGCUAUCAACAGUGGGAAUGCCGGCGAACUCUUCCUCGUGGGCGAGAAAUUGAGUCCGCGUUACCCGGGCACGCCAGUCAGUCUCAGUGGCAGCUCAGGCAACGCAAGCCUGGCCCUGCAAAUCGACGCCCAAAACUCCGCCUGCAACACCCUCUCGCCCGGCUCGUACGGCAUUUCCGUCCCCGACGUAGGCGAGCUAUACGGCGCCGCGCUCCCUGCUUUCGCCGUGAAGGGCCAAAGCUGGCCGCACUUCUUCUACGGCAAUGGGACUGGCAUGCAAGGGGAGAUUCAGCCGAUGCGCACGGCGGCCGAUCAGCUUUGGUUGGCGUGCGACUCGUACAUUGAUGGACUGAAUUAUUUGCAGCUGAAGUGGGGACUUUACUACAAUAACGGCAGUGCGCCGACGGGGUGCAGGCCGACGAAUGUGGUGCGGUUUUACAAUGUUCCGUGUGCUGAUUGAUUGAUUUUCCCAGCAAGCAUGGCUACGAUUUCGAACGAAGCG